UAUGAUGGCUAGAAGACCAGCAAACGGGCAAUGCACACUGGCACUGGCAACAACGGGAGACAGCAGCGCAGGCGCAGCAGCCAGCAGAGCGGAGGAGGGUUGCCGCGGAGAAAAGAAAUCGGGAAAUCCCCAUCCAGCUCCGCGGUGAGAGAGAUAGAGAGAGGCGCGGAGGCGAUGCUAGCUCCCGCGCUGAGCCCCCCCAAAAGAUUUGGCGACGCGUCGCCCACCCCAAACGGGAACCUCCCCCCCUCACUGAACCCCCCUGCAAUCCCCAAAUCCCCGAAAGCCCUAGGGCGUGCAGCGCUGGAGGAGCGGCACCCGAAACCCUACCCGCCGGCCAUGGUGAUCGCCGUGGAGGGGAGCUUCGUGCACCAGGACGAGGGGGAGGACGGGGACCACCCCAUGCGCUACCUCCCCCUCGGCCGCGUCUACUCCUCCACCGCCCCCUGCCCGCCCCCCAAGAAGCCCCGCAGCUCCGCCUCCGCCGCCGCGGGCGGCAAGCCGCCCGUGAUCGUCUACUACCGCCGUCGCCGCAAGAAGCCGCGGCUCGAGGAGCCACGGCCGUCCUCGCCCGCCACUGCGCCGCGGCAGCCGGAGGAGGAGGAGGAGGAGGAGGAGGAGGAGGCGCUGGGCAGGGGCUCGCGGCGGAAGCGCCCGCUCAAGCACGAGCUGCUCAGCCUGGGGUCCGCCCCGCCUGCAUUGGGCGCGGAUAGAGACGGGGAGGAGCUGCUGGGGCGACGGCAGCCGAGGCGCAGAGGGGGAGUGCAGAAGGAGAGCACUUCGGCGCCCCGGAGGCGACGGCGCCGCAGCAGCCAGCUGGAGGCCGCCUCUCCAUCUGAGAAGAGAUGGGUAGAGUUGGAAAUUCAGGGUGCCGAUCCGCAGGCGUUUGUCGGUUUAGUGUGCAAGGUUUUCUGGCCCCUAGAUGAUGAUUGGUACAAGGGUUCCAUCACGGCCUACACGGAACUAACCAAGAAGCAUUCUGUGAAGUAUGAUGAUGGUGAAGCAGAAGACCUUACCCUAGCUAAUGAAAGGAUACAGUUUUCCAUUUCAUCCGAGGAAAUGAAGAGCCUGAACCUGAAAUUUGGAACAUCUAACCUGGAUAAGAAGGGAUACGAUGAGCUGCUUGCACUUGCUGUCAGCUUUCAUGACUACCAAGGUCUUGAUCCAGAUGAUCUAGUGUGGGCUAAAAUAACAGGUCAUGCAAUGUGGCCAGCUGUUAUAGUGGACGAGUCAAAUGUUCAUGCUAGCCGGGCCCUCAAGCCAAUUCGGUUAGAUCAAUCAAUACUUGUUCAAUUCUUUGGCACCCAUGAUUUUGCAAGGAUUAAGUUGAAGCAGGCGGUGCCCUUUCUGAAUGGCCUUCUUUCUUCCUUGCAUCUCAAAUGCAAGCAAGCACGCUUCUCCCGAGGCUUAGAAGAAGCCAAGGAGUUUCUCCUCACCCAACAGCUUCCAGAAAAUAUGUUGCAACUUCGGAAAUCCAUUGAAAAUGAUGGUUCUGAUGUUAAUGGCCAAGAUGACGCGAUAGGCUCUUGUGAUAAUUUAUCAGAAGAAAGAGCAGAAGAAAAUGGAGAGGAUGCUGAAAUGACUCAAAUAGAACUAGGGAAUCUUCGUGUGAGCAACCUAGGCAGGAUAGUAUCUGAUUCAGACCAUUUCCAUAACAAAAUGCACAUAUGGCCUGAAGGGUAUACUGCUUUCAGGAAGUUCGCAUCAGUAAAAGAUCCACACCUAGUAACAUCUUACAAAAUGGAAGUACUGAGGAAUUCAGAUAUAAAAGCACGACCGUUGUUUAGGGUGAUCUCUGAAGAUGGAUUGCAGAUUGAUGGCUCUACGCCUAAUGCAUGCUGGAAGGAGAUAUACUGCAGGAUAAAACAAAAACAGUGCAAUGUUGCCUCGGAACUGGAAGGAAAUGUUUGUCAGAGAUCUGGUUCAGACAUGUUUGGCUUUUCAAACCCACAAAUUAGGCAGCUUAUUCAGGAGUUGCCAAAUGCAAGGUCGUGUUUGAAGUAUUUUGAAAAUGGUGGGGAUACCCUCCGUGGUUACAGAGCUGUUCAUGUUAAUUGGAAAGAUCUAGACUUUUGCAGUGUAUGUGAUAUGGAUGAGGAGUAUGAAGACAAUUUGUUCUUGCAAUGUGACAAGUGCCGUAUGAUGGUUCAUGCUCGGUGCUAUGGCGAACUAGAACCAUUGAAUGGAGUACUUUGGUUGUGCAACCUGUGCCGACCUGGGGCACCUCGCGUGUCCCCACGAUGCUGCCUAUGUCCUGUCACAGGGGGUGCAAUGAAACCUACAACAGAUGGCCGUUGGGCUCAUCUAGCAUGUGCAAUAUGGAUUCCUGAAACUUGCUUAAAAGAUGUAAAGAGAAUGGAACCCAUUGAUGGAUUGAGCAAAAUCAACAAGGUUUUCACCCCUUUCUCUCUUGAUUUCGGUGACUGUUUUUGGAGCAUUUUUGUAGAAACAUUUUCAGUUUUAAGUUAUCUCCAGGACCGCUGGAAACUUCUAUGCAGCAUCUGUACAGUUGCUUAUGGAGCUUGCAUACAGUGCUCACAUCCUACUUGUCGAGUUGCAUAUCACCCGCUCUGUGCACGUGCUGCUGAUCUAUGUGUUGAGCUUGAAGAUGAUGAUAAAAUCCAUCUCAUGUUACUUGAGGAGGAUGAGGGCCCAUGUAUUCGUCUACUCUCGUAUUGCAAGAAGCACAGACAACCAUCUACUGAACGUCCAUCUCUUGAAAGUAAUCUUGGUAACCCUGCUCAGUUAGUUCAGACAGACGCGGCUUCAUCAUCUGGUUGUGCAAGGACUGAGCCCUAUAAUUUUCACCGGAGAAGAGGCCAACAACAACCUCAAGUUACAGCUACUGCUUCUGUAAAGCGUUUGUAUGUGGAGAACAUGCCUUAUAUUGUUAGUGGCUACUGCCAAAAUAAAGUAGGCUGUGAUACUAGCUGUGAACCAAUUCAAUCAGUCGCCUUGUUGGAUGCUGCAUCACAAGAAGCUUCUGUCAAUGUGUCUUCUAUGGCUGAAAAAUAUAAAAGCAUGAAGGCCACAUUCAGGAAGAGACUAGCUUUUGGAAAAUCAAGAAUUCAUGGGUUUGGUGUUUUUGCAAAGGUUGCACACAAGGCAGGAGACAUGAUGAUCGAAUACAUAGGGGAGCUUGUUAGGCCACCGAUAUCAGACCUUAGAGAGCGGCGUAUAUACAAUUCUUUGGUGGGUGCUGGGACAUACAUGUUCAGGAUAGAUGAUGAGCGUGUUAUUGACGCUACACGAGCAGGAAGCAUAGCCCAUUUGAUCAAUCACUCAUGCGAGCCUAAUUGUUAUUCGCGUGUGAUAAGUGUUCUUGGGGAUGAGCAUAUCAUCAUUUUUGCAAAGCGGGACAUAGACCCAUGGGAAGAGUUGACCUAUGAUUAUAGGUUUGUUUCGAAUGAACAACGGCUUCCUUGUUAUUGUGGAUUUCCAAAAUGCCGGGGAGUUGUUAAUGAUGUUGAAGCAGAGGUCCAAUCAACCAAAAUAAGAGUCACCAGGAGUGAAUUAUUUCAGCAGAAAGACUAAUGGUCAGUCCUUCCUAUGCAAGUAGUGAGUAUCUGGAAAUGCCCAAGGCUUGGAUUUACCGAAUUGAGGAACUGCGGUGCUGCCUGAGAACUGUGGUGCUGCCAGUGCUUGCUGUGAUAUUCUCAAAUUGACCGGCUUUAUGAUUCUAGGAAUGCUAACGAUUCAUUCUCACAUUGUUUUAGAUGGAAUGCCAGUGUAGUGUAUAGAUACUCAGAAGUAGGUUGGGCAAUCCAACAUGCAUGAUUGCCUACCAUAACUGAAAUUGAUGAUCAUGUAGGGCAUCAAAAUUCAAAAAUAUUCAGAGUUUACAUGUAAUUCGGCCAUUCACUGUUUCCAGUGUGCCCUGCCAUAGGCACAGCCCAUUUGAUGUUUAAGAAGUCAUGAUGUUAAGUGGUGACUGAAAGACUUUCUAAUGCUAAUUGUUAUCAGUUGUAAACCA